AUGUCGGAGGUGCGACACGACAGCACGAGCAGUUUACAGCGCAAGAAGCCACCAUGGUUAAAACUGGACAUCCCGGUGCCGGUGCCCCUGCCUGUGCCAGAAGAGCCCCCCCAGCCUGUGCAGCCGACGCGGCGCCAGGCGUUCCUGCGCAGCGUGAGCAUGCCGGCCGACAACAGCCGUGUGCCAUCCCUGCCCCACGACCCUGCCAGGAGAGCGGUGCUGCAGCGACAGACCUCCAUCACCCAGACCAUCAAGAGAGGCACGGCAGACUGGUUUGGGGUGAGCAAGGACAGCGAUGCCACUCAGAAGUGGCAGAGGAAGAGCCUCCGCCACUGCAGCCUGCGCUACGGGAAGCUCAAGCCUCAGGCCAUCCGGGAGAUGGACCUGCCCAGUCAGGACAAUAUUUCUCUGACAAGCACAGAAACCCCUCCUCCCCUCUACGUGGGACCCUGCCAGCUGGGCAUGCAGAAGAUCAUCGACCCCCUGGCGCGGGGGCGAGCGUUCCGGAUGGCCGAGGACACCGAUGGCUGCAGCAUCCCCCACACGCCCAUCACGCCCGGGGCCACGUCCCUCUGCUCCUUCACCAGCUCCCGCUCGGGUUUCAACCGCCUCCCGCGGCGCCGCAAGCGCGAAUCCGUGGCCAAAAUGAGCUUCCGAGCGGCCGCCGCCCUGGUGAAGGGCCGCUCGGUGAAGGACAGCACCCUGAGGAGGGCCCAGCGGCGCAGCUUCACCCCUGCCAGCUUCCUGGAGGAGGACACGGUGGAUUUCCCAGAUGAGCUGGACACUUCCUUCUUCGCUCGGGAAGGAGUCCUUCAUGAGGAGCUCUCCACUUACCCGGAUGAAGUGUUCGAGUCACCAUCAGAAGCUGCAAUCAAAGAUGCUGAGGUGAAACCUCCAGAUCAGACAGAUCUCACAGGAGGUGCCUUGGACAAAAACGAGCUUGAAAGAAGCCACUUACUACUCCCCCUGGAGCGAGGCUGGAGGAAGCAGAAGGACGGGGGGGUGGCGCAGCCCAAGGUGCGCUUGCGGCAGGAGGUGGUGAGCGUGAGCCCCCAGAAGCGAGGCCAGCGCAUCGCUGUCCCCGUGAGGAAGCUCUUUGCCAAGGAGAAGAGGCCCUAUGGGCUGGGCAUGGUGGGCAAGCUGACCAACAGGACCUACCGCAAGCGCAUCGACAGCUACGUCAAACGGCAGAUCGAGGACAUGGAUGACCACAGGCCUUUCUUCACUUACUGGGUCACCUUUGUGCAUUCACUCAUCACCAUCCUCGCUGUGUGCAUCUAUGGCAUCGCCCCUGUGGGGUUCUCACAACAUGAAACUGUUGAUUCAGUCUUACGAAACAGAGGAGUUUAUGAAAAUGUCAAAUAUGUUCAGCAGGAGAACUUCUGGAUUGGCCCCAGCUCAGAGGCCCUGAUCCACCUGGGGGCCAAGUUCUCCCCGUGCAUGAGGCAGGACCAGCAGGUGCACAGCUUCAUCAGUGCCAAGCGCGAGAAGGAGAAGCACUCGGCGUGCUGCGUGCGCAACGACAAGUCAGGCUGCGUGCAGACCUCAGAGGAGGAGUGCUCAUCCACGCUGGCCGUGUGGGUGAAGUGGCCCCAUCACCCCAGCACACCAAUGCUGGCAGGAAACAAGAGGCAGUUUGGGUCUGUUUGUCAUCAGGACCCCAGGGUGUGUGAGCAGCCAGCCUCCAUGGAGCCGCACGAGUGGCCAGAUGACAUCACCAAGUGGCCGAUCUGCACAAAAAACAGUGCUGGGAAUUACACCAACCACCUCCACAUGGACUGUGUGAUUACAGGCCGGCCCUGCUGCAUUGGGACCAAGGGAAGGUGUGAAAUCACCUCCCGGGAGUAUUGUGAAUUUAUGCGGGGCUAUUUCCAUGAGGAGGCAACGCUCUGCUCUCAGGUACACUGCAUGGAUGAUGUCUGUGGGCUCCUUCCUUUCCUAAAUCCAGAAGUCCCUGACCAGUUCUACCGCCUCUGGCUCUCGCUUUUCCUCCAUGCUGGGAUCCUGCACUGUCUGGUUUCAGUCUGUUUCCAAAUGACGAUCCUACGGGACCUAGAGAAGCUGGCAGGAUGGCACCGCAUCUCUAUCAUCUACCUUCUCAGUGGCAUCACUGGGAACCUUGCCAGUGCAAUAUUUCUACCCUACAGAGCAGAGGUUGGCCCUGCAGGAUCCCAGUUUGGAAUUCUGGCCUGUCUCUUUGUGGAGCUCUUCCAGAGCUGGCAAAUCCUGGCACGCCCAUGGAGGGCUUUCUUCAAGCUACUGGCUGUGGUGCUCUUUCUUUUUGCCUUUGGCCUCCUGCCUUGGAUCGAUAAUUUCGCUCACAUUUCAGGAUUUAUCAGUGGUUUCUUCCUCUCCUUUGCCUUCCUGCCCUACAUUAGCUUUGGGAAAUUUGAUCUAUAUAGGAAACGAUGCCAAAUUAUAGUUUUCCAGCUCAUCUUCAUUGCACUCUUCUCAGGACUGGUGAUUCUGUUCUAUUUCUACCCCAUCAAGUGCGAGUGGUGCGAGUUCCUCACUUGUAUACCCUUCACAGACAAAUUCUGCGAGAAAUAUGACCUGGAUGCACAGCUCCACUGA